CAAGUUUAUCUCAUCCUGUUCCUAACAGUCUACUUUCAAGUCCAACACAGAAUCAAAGCAACCACAACAACGUUAAUUAAGAUGCAAUUGAGACUAGCAGAAGCAACAAGAAGAACAUCUUGGGCCUUAUUUUCAACCACUCGUUUUCCUCUCAUCAAACGAGGAUUUUGCUCUGGCACUCGCAGCCGAACCGCAGACACAGAAAUUCACACGGGAGAACAAGAAGCUGGUCCCGCGGUCCACAGAGGACAACCCCAAGGUAUAACUACAAAGGAUGAAGCCAAGGAAGCCAAAAUUGCUGAAACAGAACGCAAUGCCAAUAAGGCGCACGAGAAGUUGAAGUCUUUAAAAUCUCCAUGUGAACCUUCACAGAAACUAGAGAGCGCGGGGGUGAAUCAGCGAUUGGAGCCAAGCAUUCAGCAAAAGCGGGAGCAUGGAACGGUGGGUUUAGAAGAAGUGAGUUGCGCUGGUCUUGAUGGGACUCCGUGGCCGGAGGAGAAAGGGAGAGAGGAGAAUAAAGAGUACUAUAAGCACCACAAAGCGUCGCCCUUGUCAGAGAUAGAGUUUGUGGAUUCGCGGAAGCCAAUUUCUCGAGCCUCCGACAAGACUGUAGAUUCUGGAAGAGGUGGGGAUGUCAUUGGGUGGCUGCCGGAGCAGCUUGAGUCAGCGGAGGAGACACUGCUGAGGGCCGCUGAGAUGUGGCGCCAGAAUGCCAUGCGUGGUGACCCUGAUGCACCUCAUUCUAGGGUUCUCAGAGCUCUUCGUGGAGAAGACUUUUGAGAAUUAUUGACUACAAUUCUGAUUUUAGUCAAUAGUCAAUAAUAUAAUAAGAACUGUAUAUCUUAAAAAUAAUAAGAAAGUGUUGAAUAAUUCACACAACUCCA